AAAAAAAAUAAAAAAAUCUCAUUAGUUCCCAACUCUCUCUCUCUCUAGUCUUUAAAAGCUCGAGGAGAAAAGGCUAUGGCAAAAAACUUUUAUUGGCUUUGCUGUGUAAAGAAGAAAAAGAGAAACGUUAAAAUAGUUGAAAGUUUUUGAAGGAAAAAUGAUUUCUUGAAAGUGGAGAAUUUGAGAAGAAGAUUGUUGCAGAAAUUUUGUGUUCUGAAUUCAACAAAAAAUGGGAAAAGCUACAAGGUGGUUGAAGGGCUUGCUGGGGAUGAAGAAAGACAAGGAAAAUUUGGAGAAUAAUUCAAAUUAUAGUGAAAAGAAAGAGAAGAGAAGGUGGAGCUUUGUUAAGUCCGGUAAGGAUUCCGGCGGUUUGACUCAGAUUCAGUUGACUGACGGGGCAUGGAUGAGAUCUUACAUUGAUGAGACAGAGAAGGAGCGGAACAAACAUGCCAUUGCGGUGGCUGCUGCCACGGCGGCUGUAGCUGACGCUGCUGUUGCUGCAGCUCAGGCAGCGGUGGCUGUUGUGAGGCUCACCAACCACGGCAGAGGAGGUUUGUUCCAUGGUGGCAGAGAAAGGUGGGCCGCCAUCAAGAUUCAGGCAGUUUUUAAAGGCUUUUUGGCCCGAAAAGCUCUACGAGCUCUACGAGGACUCGUAAAAUUACAGGCUCUCGUUAGAGGCUUCCUUGUACGAAAGCGUGCUGCUGCGACAUUAUACAGAAUGGAAGCCCUCAUUCGAGCACAGACUGCUGCUCGGUACCAAAGGAAUCGUCGUUCAAUAAGUAACGAUUACAGACUCCAACCAGAAAUACGCGCUAGGAACUCCAUUGAAACUAAGAGCGAGUUCCAUAGCAAGAGAAUAUCAGCUUCUUAUGACCUUUCCCAUAAUGCAUUUGAUGAGAACUCGAAAAUAGUUGACGUCGACCCUCACAAUCCCGGAUCAAGAUCAAGGUCUCGCAGAAUGAAUUCUUGCGUUUCACGGUGCUGCGAUGACCAAUACUAUCAAGGACUUCCAUCUCCUCUUCGAGUUCGAUUAUCAAUUCCCGAUCAUCGUAGCUGCCAUCAAGAUUUUGACUGGAGCUUCCUGGCUGAAGAUUACAAGUUUUCGACGGCACAGAGCACUCCUAGAUUCGUGACUUGUGGACGGGCAAGUGGUCCGGUUACACCAACCAAGAGUGUAUGUGGGGACGGCUUCUUCAAGCAAUACUCCAACUGUCCCAACUAUAUGUCGAACACUCGUUCAUUCAGGGCAAAGUUAAGGUCUCUAAGCGCCCCAAAACAAAGACAGGACUCCGACCCUAAGAAGCGGCUUUCGCUGAAUGAAAUAAUGUCUUCGAGGACUAGCUUUAGUGGUGUUAGAAUGCAGAGGGCAAGUUCUCAAGUUCAACAAGAUUUUGAUUAAUUUCUAAGAAAUUAGCUUGUUUUGAGUAAAAUAGCUUCUCUAUGCUUUGCUUUUCUAAUGGCUCUCUUGAAAUCUGAUAGAGUAGAACAGAGUUGCUGUUGUAAAUUCCUUCACAGAGUUGUUUUCAUCAAUGAAAUCAAAGCAUUUUUUUUUCCUCA